AUUAGUCCCAAAUGAUUUUACACUAGGCAGUAGGCAACAAGGCAUUGGGUGUGUAUGUUCAGUCUGUCUCACUCCCAAAUCCCAAUAACAAGAACCCUAAGAGAGAAAUUUUGAUUGAUGGCAUUGGCGUCAUCGAAGCUGAUGGCGUCUUCCAAUUCAAGGAAUUCCUCUUCUCCUUCCUCCAAACCCCAAUUCACAACCACCAAUUUCAUCCCCAUGCCUAUGCCCAUGCCGGACCACGCCAUUUUACGUGACGCCGCCGAUUCCACCCUCAUCGACGCCCAAAUCUCCCUCGUCGACGCCGGAUCCUCCGCCGCUCCCAAAACCGUCGACGAUGUGUGGCGGGAGAUUGUCGCCGGCGAGCGGAGGGAGUGUAAGGAGGAGGCCCCCGAUGAGAUGAUGACCCUCGAGGAUUUCCUCGCCAAGGCCGGCGCCGUCGACGACGACGAUGGUGAUGAGGUGAAGAUGCCAAUGCCCCUCACCGAGAGGUUAAGUGGUGGCAGCGUGUUUGCAUUCGAUCCUCUUCCGACGACGCCGUUUCAGGGAUUGGAGAGCGUUGAAGGGUCAGUGAUUGGGUUCGGGAAUGGGAUGGAGGUGGUUGAAAGUGGUGGUGGCGGUGGUGGUGGAGGGAGGGGGAAGAGGGGGCGUUCCGUUUCGGAGCAGUUGGAUAAGGCUGCGCAGCAGAGGCAGAGGAGGAUGAUCAAGAACAGAGAAUCUGCGGCCAGGUCUAGGGAACGCAAGCAGGCUUACCAAGUUGAAUUGGAGUCCUUGGCGGUGAAACUGGAGGAGGAAAAUGACAAGCUGGAGAAGGAAAAGGCUGAGAGGAAAAAGGAGAGGUACAAGCAGCUUAUGGAAAAAGUAAUCCCUAUUGAGGAGAAGCGAAGGCCGCCACGUUUACUCCGCAGGAUUCGCUCCAUGGAGUGGUAGAUCAAAUUUGCUAGUGGUGUGGGAGGGGACUGAAGAUCCGCCAAUGAUGUAGUUGGGGAAAUAAUAAUAUGAGCAAAUUAAUCAUCAUCUCUUAAAGUUCUCAAUCUAACCGUUAUUCUCAAGGGGCAUCGUGGUUAAUGAUAUGAAGAGAUACAAGGAAUUGGAACCCGAGUCGCAAAAGAAAAUUCCUUAUUACUUUAAGAAACAUUUUUUUUGCUUAUUCUUAGGAGAUUAAAGCAAGAAGUAUUAGGUUGGGCGGUGUAGUUUAGAUGCAAAGUAGGAAUCCUGGUCUCUCCCCUGUGCAGAAUGCAUAUAUGUAUGUGUAUUACCAGUAGAGAGCAAAAGGGAUUUUUAGUCGAGUAUAUAAUAUAGUCAUGGUUUAGACAGACAUUUAUUUAGAGAAAAAGUGUAUAGAAAUUGUUUAUAUGAUCUGUCGGAUGCGUUUUAGUCUUGAAAUUAUGGAAGAUAAUUA